AUGUUGAGAUUUUUGGUACCGUUUCUAUUAACUUUUGCCGCGGUGACGGCACACCAGGACAGCGCUACAUACUUCCAUGAUGCAUACCCCUCAGCAGCUUCCACAUCUCAGAUCAAAUUCGCCGAAGAGAACAAUUAUGAUGACACAGGGCCCGCAGCAAAGAAACCGGUAUAUGCUUAUAACACAUACAAAACUUUAGAAGAAGCCUUGGUAGCAUACUUAGAUGAUCCUGAUACGAAAUUGCCAGAGCAUGAAAGAGAAAAAGCUGUUCAAAAAUUACUAAAAUCUACAGCGUACCCUAAGCCGGAUAUUUUUGAACAUUACCCAAAGACUUUCCAUUCAGCAGCGUUCAAACAGUCGCAACAAGAAUAUCACAGUCCAGUUUUCAGUCAAUUGGACAGCAAAACCUACUAUGGAACAGACAGUCAAACUGGGUUUAACAGAGGUUACUACAACACCAAGCCUGAACCGUUUAAAUUUCAGAAGUUUCAGACAGUGAAAGGCAGUCCUUUAAGCUUAUCCCAUUAUAACAGAAAACCAGAAUUGAGGAGUUCAUUCGGAGAUUUUAAUUCCUAUCCCAAAUACUCUUUUUCAUAUGGAGUUCAUGACAAAUCCACUGGCGAUCUAAAGCAUGCUGCAGAAGACAGAGAAGGUGAAACAGUACGCGGAUUCUACAGUUUCAUAGACGCAACUGGAAAACCUCAUACCGUCCAAUAUUCUGAUAACGGGAAGGGUUUACUGUAG